AUCUAUAAAUACCUUCUCACACCUUCUCCAUUCUUCACAUACUCACACACUCAGCUAUCAAGAAGAGAACAAACUCUCUCAACUCUUUCGUUCUCAAGUAUUUGCUUGCAAGUGUCUGAUACGUACAAUGGAUUACCGAUCAUCAAUGGAGUCUUCGGAAACUCUAAGGAACAAGUGUGCCGCCUGUUACAGGCAAUUCAACAAACUGGAACAUUUGGUGGAGCACAUGAAGAUCUCUUAUCAUUCGGGUCAUGAACCUACUUGUGGCGUUUGCAAGAAACAUUGCAGGUCUUUUGAGUCCCUCCGAGAACAUCUCAUAGGGCCAUUGCCAAAACAAGAAUGCAAGAACAUUUUCAGCCUUCGUGGAUGCAGAUUUUGCAUGACGAUACUCGAAAGCCCGAAUUCUCGUAGAAUCCAUCAAGAGAGAUGCCAAUUCUCGAGCGUCAACUCUGGAUUGACGACUCGAAUGGCAGCUUUAGGCUUAAGAGAUAAGGCCAUGAUCGACUACACGUCAUCACGGUCUCCAAGAGUGGUUGCACUCUCUUGCAAGAUGGUAGGAGGAGGAAGUGACGGGUCGUUGGAUCUAUGCGCGAGGGUUUGCAUAACGGAUGAGAGUGACAACGUUAUCUUUCACACGUAUGUGAAACCUUCGAUGGCCGUGACUAGCUAUAGGUACGAGACGACAGGGAUACGCCCGGAAAAUCUAAGGGACGCAAUGCCAUUAAAACAAGUACAAAGAAAGAUUCAAGAGUUUCUUUGUAAUGGAGAACCCAUGUGGAAGAUUCGUCCAAGAGGUGGAAAAGCGAGGAUUCUCGUGGGGCAUGGCCUCGAUCACGAUCUUGACCGCCUUCAACUUGAAUAUCCUUCUUCCAUGAUAAGGGAUACUGCGAAAUACCCACCGUUGAUGAAAACAAGCAAGCUGAGCAACUCUCUCAAGUACUUAACCCAAGCCUAUCUCGGGUAUGAUGUUCAUUUUGGGAUACAAGACCCUUAUGAAGAUUGUGUAGCGACGAUGAGGCUUUACACGAGAAUGAGAUAUCAGAAACACAAGAUUGAAGCUUACCCUUUAGCCGCCGAUGCGCAGAACCGUAGCAACCAGGUGGCUUGGAGGCAGAGUGAGGCCGAGAGGAUGUCUCCUGAUGAAAUGCUCUCAAUCUCUCGUUCCGACUAUUACUGCUGGUGCUUAGACUCACUAGCUUAAUUUCUAAACUUAUGGGGUUAUUUAAGUGGUCUCUUAAAAUUAGUAAUUCUUCAAACUUUUCCAGAGAUUUUUAAUUUAGUAGUGUAAUGUCGAAUAACAUUGGUUAUGAUUUUGUAGUAGUAUCUAAAUUUUCGAGUGUGUGUUGUGUGAGAUGCCUAG